AUGGAUAUCGAAGAGUUCCUGGCCAUGACGGCUGAGUACGAUACCGAGUCUGAUAAUGAGCUCAUCGAUCUCCGCUCCCUGGAUUUUGUUUCCAGCUACGACCCUCACAUUGAGUGUCCGAUCUGUCACUGCCCUUUCGUCCAGCCAGUGCGAAUACAAUGCGAUCACAUUUUCUGCGAAAGUUGCUUGCGAUCGGCCAUCACCACGUUCCGGUCGACCGACUCGGACGAAUUCCCGUGUCCCUCUUGCCGCACCCCCUCCACCCAAAUCUCGACAAAUAUACCCCGUCUUCUGAUCAACAUGUGCGACGAUAUUCGCGUUCGAUGCCCCUUUGUCACAAACGGCUGUGAGGAGCUUGUUCCGCGUGGUCACCUCCAGUCUCAUGUAGAGAAAUACUGCAUAUACCGGCUUGUGCCAUGUGCGGAUGACACUUGCCUGCUUACGGCUCGAUAUAUGGAUGUGGAGCAAGCAGAUGGAUGCAUUCAUCACUUCCUGAAAUGCCCUCGCUGCUCUGCAUAUGUUAUGGAACAAGACUUUCAGGUAAAUCUUUCUAUCCUCUAG